GGGAACAUGUAUUGUGAACAUUUAUUUCUUUGUUUGCAGCAUUUUCAAGUAGCCAUGUACUCUGCAAUUGCAAUUCUGAUCAUUGUGUUUGCAGCUCUUUUUGCUGUUUUUGGUUUGUUGGUAGUUGUCUUAGUAUACUUUGAGUUGAGAAAUACAAAUAUUCCUCCAGGAGUUGCUAAUCCUGGGAAACUACGUGUGAUUCAUUGUACGUAUGUUGGGAUAAACAUUGUGGGCCAAAUUCUGGAGCGAUUGGGGCUAUGUCAUCAGAUGAAUUUUACACGAUGGUGCAGAUUUUUUAUCAUGGCCAGAAAAGGGCCAGUGCCCCAAGGGCUUCGUAUUAAGGACUUGACCUUCAGUGGAGUUCCAGUGAGGGUGUAUGAGCCUACAGCUGCAUCGGGAGAGAAAAAAAGGGGCCUGGUUUACUUUCAUGGUGGCGGAUGGAUGUUCGGCUGUAUUGAUGAUUACGAUGAAGUGUGUCAGUAUAUAUCACUGGAGAGUGACACCACAGUUGUGUCUGUUGGUUACCGUCUGGCCCCCGAGCACAGGUACCCUGCCCACUUGGACGACUGUGAGGUCGUGACUCGCCACUUCCUGUCAAUAGCGGCAACCGAUUUCGGGGUGGACCCACGCAGGGUGGCAGUUGGUGGGGACAGUGCUGGGGGGAACCUGGCAGCCGCUCUCUGCCAGAGGCUGUCGAAAACACAGGAUGGUCAUCUGCCAUCUCCCUGCGCCCAGGUUCUCAUCUACCCGGCUCUGCAGAUGGCAGAUUUCCACCUGCCCUCAUACCAGCAGAACCACUCAGUGCCCAUAUUGUUCAGAGCCCGAACGGUGUUCUUUUUCCUGCAGUACCUCAACGGGAAUACUUCUGUGAGCCAGCAGAUUCUGGAAGGCAAGCAUGUUCCUGCCGAGCUAAAACGUCACUAUAAGAAAUGGCUGGAUCCAGAUAAUCUUCCACCACAGUUUAGAAAGGGAGCCACAAGUCCGCCAGUUAUUGCAAGCCACGAUGCUGACGUCUAUCACAUCGUCAAACAGGGCCUAGAUCCAGAGAUCUCCCCUUUACUAGUCGAGGACGAUGUUCUUCGCCUCAGUCCACCCACCUUCACCCUGACCUGUGAGUUUGAUGUGCUGAGAGACGAUGGCGUUCUGUUCCAGAAGCGACUGAAGGAUGUAGGAGUGGAUGUCAAGUGGGAGCAUCUAUCUGAUGGCUUCCAUGGGAUCAUCAGCUUCUUCAACCAAGGCUGGUUGACAUUUGAAUCCUCUCAAAGGGCUAUGGACAGCAUUGUAAGAUAUGUAAAGACUCUCUGAGUCAAAAGAUUUGUCAGAAUGAUUUAUAAUAUGGCCUGUUAAAUAAAACUGAAUGAGCAAAAAUACACUUUAACAAUUUAACACAAUAGUCAGGUUAUGUAAUUGAACAGUCUCGUUCAUUUGAUUGUAGUUCUCAUCAUUAAAUUCAUUAAUUACACAAUCUUA